AACAUUUUAAAUAUGGAUAGAAAGUAUUUUUUAAUAAUUCUCUUCGGGUAUUUUUUUGAAACAGGGCAAGCUCAAAAUUCAAAUUCAGCUGAUCCGAUCGUACAAGCACCAGUGGGGAUUAUACAGGGUCAAAGGCAAACGUAUCAGAAUUCCACCGAUCAGUUUUGCAUUUAUAAAGGUAUCCCUUUUGCAGAGUCACCUGUCGCAGAUUUAAGAUUCCGACCAUCGAUCCCGAAAGCACCAUGGACAAGUGUAUUUAACGCCACAAGCUACAGCCCAGCUUGUUUGAAUUUAGUGGGAGGAUCAUCCUCUGAAGACUGUCUAUAUUUAAACAUAUUAACACCAAAUAAUGCCACUAACACUUCCAAACUACCUAUUCUCUUCCGGAUCUAUGGUGGAGCAUUUAUGUACGGAGACGGCUCUUAUUACGCCUCAAAAGCGGAAGAGUAUACUAGAAUGGGGACUAUUGUGGUUACAUUCAACUAUAGAGUAUCUGUGUUCGGUUUUCUAAGUACUGGAGACCUGGAAUGUCCUGGGAAUAUGGGUCUAUUCGACCAACUCCUUGCAUUGCAAUGGGUCAAUCAAAAUAUAAUGGCUUUUGGUGGUGAUCCCGGCAUGGUUACUUUAUUCGGUGAAAGCGCUGGAGCUACAUCAGUAUCAUACCUUAUGGUAUCCCCAAAAUCAAGGGACCAAGGUUUGUUUGGUGGUGCAAUUAUGCAGUGGCAACGUGUUAACUACGUGGUCCAUAAACAGAAAUGCGCCAGACUUUGCUAGAGGUUUGGCUGCACUCAUGUGUCCAACUACUAUAAAUUCAACUAAGGAUAUGAUGGCAUGCUUCAGGAAUGCCUCGGCAUCGAAUCUUAACUCAAACGCAAACACUUUGUGGAAUGAAAUAUACACAGGUGGCGACGCGUUCAAUCAAUUUCCCAUUGCCCCAGUAAUAGAAAUCAAUCAUCCAGAUGCAUUUAUGAGUGAAUCAAAUUGGGUUAACUUAAAAUAUGGAUAUUUUCAACGAGUUCCGGUAAUAAUUGGCACAACGUGUCUAGAAGGAAACUUUUUGCAGAGCACCACACUAGCUCAAUAUUCAGCAAAAACUACAGUUGCAUGUGGACUGACUCCCUGGGAUAUGAACAUAAAUAAUAACAUAACAGCAUGUCAAGUUGAUCUGAUACUACGUCAGAAGUAUUUUACCAGUAACACGAAUUACACCGCACAAGUGCAAAAGUUUGUAGGUGAUGUUUUAUUCCAUAAAGCUACAGUGAAAGCUGCCAAAUUACUCUGUCCAUACACAAUGCCAGUUUUUUAUUAUAGAUUUUGUUUCCCAAACACAGAUGCAGGUCAUGGUUCAGAUACACCAUACACGUUUUGUACGGCAAGUGACUUUGCAAAUGAUACUGCUAGUCAGACUACUUGUCAAACAAUGAUGAGCAUGUGGGCAAAUUUCGCAAAAUACAGUUUCAGAUAAUGGCGAACCAAUUUUGCAUUCCCCCGGAAGUGAUGGAAACACUAAAAUGUUCCCAGUGCAAGAACUACCUGUCGACUUUUCCCAUUUACAUGAUGGACUCUGAUCAAUCAAUUUGUGGACGGUGUCCGGUCGUCCAAUGCGAUAAACUUAUCCGCGACGAAGCAUAUGAGAACAUAGCUCAAUACAUUAUUUUCCCUUGUUCUUAUGCAAAGAACGGAUGCGAACAAAAGCUCAACCCCCUGGACUUGAAAGGUCACGAAGUAAACUGCGAGUAUAGACAGUUCGAGUGUCCCAGCAAGCAUUACACCAAAUGCAAAUGGGAAGGUUCUAGCAAAGAACUCGAGGAACAUUUCAAAGCCAAUCAUUCAGACCUUCUCAUCGAGGAUUCUCGCUUUAACUUAUCGUUCAUGAACAGUCACAAGGAGAAUUUGCUGCUGGUUCAUGAAUCCACCUUGUUCGUCGUAACCAAGGAGAUUGAUUCUAAGAAACGUACACUUUGUUGCACUGUGAAGAACAUACUGUUGGACGAUGAUGAUAAUAAUUACAACUACAGGCUGGUAUUGGAGAGUGGCAACAGAAAUUACACACACAAAUGCUCUGAGAAAUCCACCGUCUCAUCCAAUGACGAAAACUUAACUAAAAUCACCGCAGAUUUCGUGUUGGAACAACUUGGUAAUCCAGAGACCAUGGUCGCCAGGAUUGACAUAGUAAAAUCCUCGUCAAAUUCGUAUUUUACAAGUAAGAAAGAAGAAGAAGUCGUUUCGGAUAUCAAUUUCGAUAUGUUGAAAGAGUUAGAAUGUCCCAAAUGCAGUGAUUACAUGGUUUCUACGAUUUUUCAAUGUUCGGAUGGACAUAGUUUUUGUAAUGAUUGUAAAAAUGAGGGAGAAUGUGUAUUGUGUCCCGAUAAAAAGGAAAUAAAGGAGACGCGUAAUUACUCUCUUGAAAAAUUUGCCACCUACUUCCAGUUUCCUUGCAAAUACCGAAAGGCUGGCUGUUUUUUCUUGGGAAAGAACAACACAAUUCAACAGCAUCAACAGUUUUGCAAAUUCGGCUUGUAUAUGUGUCCUGUUAACGGAUUCGAAGACUGUAAAUGGAAGGAUAGCUUGGACGCUAUUGUGGCCCAUGUAAAUAAAGCUCACAGCAAUUCAAUGUUAAAGAGUGACAAAAUCAACAUUCCCUGGCAUAAAGAUGGAAUGAAGGAAGUACUGGAAUACUACUUCAUCAUAUUUUCUGGAAAUUUAUUCCGGGUGAUAUAUAAGUAUGCAGCGGAUAAAAUGUACUGGUGUGUGCAAUACGUCGGCCCCGCUGAAAACUGCAAAAAUCACAAGUACGAAAUUGAUUUUAUCGACAAUUCCGAUUCGAACAAUCGCCAGUUCUUGAGAUAUAACGUGGUACCCAUGUGCGAUGUCAACGAAUGCUUCAAAGUCAAAGGGCAAUAUGUUACCAUGUACUAUGAUCAACUAGAAGAAUAUAUUACCGAUACAUUCAGUUUCCGAAUUCGUAUUUUUGCACAAUAAGUUAUGAUCCAACAUACUAUACAUAAUAUAAUUUUUAUUUUAUUUUAAACAAUUAAAUUUUAUCUCAUAUAUUUUAUUAUUAAACUACAUUAUGAAAUAUUUUGUGUUGUUACGCUUUUGUUAUAUUUUGAAUACUAUUUUUAUGUGUAAUAAAUAUUAUAUCAAAUAUUCUA